CCAAACUGUGGCCAGCUGCUGUUGCACACUUCUCCUGAAGCUCAAAACAAAGAUGAGGAAGGGACUGAAAGUUUACGCUCAGACUCCAGUAAAACUGCAGAUCCGGAGCCAAUGAGACGACACGGUGACCACGAAGAUGCUGCUGUUCCGUCAGACAGCAACUGUAAAUCAAAGCUGACCAGGACCCACACGGGGAAGAAGGUAUUUUCUUGCAGCACUUGCAUGAAAGAGUUCAGUAAAAGUCGUAAUUUAAUGGAUCACUUGAAGAUCCACACUGGUGAAAGGCCGUACCUGUGCAACACCUGUGGAAAAACUUUUACUAAAUCAACACAUCUUAAACGCCACAUAACCACGCACACGGGCGAGAAGCCCUACAUCUGCAAAACAUGUGGAAAAAGUUACAGGCAAAAUUUCGACCUGGUGGUUCACUCGAGGAUCCACACUGGCGAAAGGCCGUACCUUUGCAACACCUGUGGAAAAACCUUUACCAAAUCAUCAAAUCUUAAAAGCCACAUAACCAUGCACACGGGCGAGAAGCCCUACAUCUGCAAAACAUGUGGAAAAAGUUACAGGCUACGUUCCACCCUGGUGAUUCACUCGAGGAUCCACACCGGUGAAAAGCCGUACCUGUGCAACACCUGCAACAAAACCUUUACUAGAUUAUCAGAACUUAAAAUUCACAUAACCACACACAUGGGCGAGAAGCCAUAUUUGUGCAAGACGUGCAAAAAAGGUUUUAGCCGUAGAAUUGAUUUGCUGAGUCACAUGAAAGAUCACCCGGAGGAGAAGUCUGGUGACUCGUGACAAAUGAAACUCAUGUUGUCGUCCUCCGGGGGCAGCUGUCCACUCCUGUCUGACCCACAGAAGAAGAACCCGCAGAAGUCCAACCACCACCUCCUGUGGCUGAUGAGCCUAAUCCCCUCCCCACAAGGGUUGCAGGUUCAACCCGGAUUUAUGCUUCUCCGUCAACUUGACGCAGAGGGAACGAUGUGGUCGUGUACUUUUUUUUAAAGUUCUGCCUUGAGUUUGUUUGAAUUCCUGUUACUUCUUAAAAUCAUAUUUGUUGCUAUUGGUAACUUGUCUCCACGGUGCAAAUA